AUGGGAAUCGCUGUGUGCCUGUGUUAUGUGGUGACCUCGACGAGCGAAAAAUGGAAGACAAAAAAAAAGCAGGAGCCGACAAACGAAGUCAACAUAAUCGGCGUAAAACUACCACCAUUUUGGAAAUGCGAUCCAGCUGCCUGGUUUAAAAGAGCUGAAGCUCAAUUCCGACUAGCACAUGUAAGUAAGUCUCAAACCAAAUUCGACCAUAUUCUAACCAUGCUUGACGAAGACAUAAUCGGAAAAGUAAGUGACAUUUUAGACAUAGAUAAUACCGAAAACGCUUAUCAAAAUUUAAAAGAUAGGCUUAUCAACACAUACGGUAGGACUGAGGAAGACAAAUUUCGCGAGUUAAUUUCUGGAAUUUCGUUAGGCGACGAAAAACCUUCAUUAAUGUUGUCAAAAAUUAAAUCAUUAGCCGGCAACAAUUAA